AGUAACUUAACCAGGAAGUUAAUUUACACAAUGAUUAUAAUGCAUCUGUUACAUUUACUUAAAUAUAGUUAUUUAUAGAUUACUUAAACAUGAAUCUGGUCGAUAUUUUAAAGCUGAGCCCACUGGCGGCGAAGGCGAGGCGAGCCAUUGAAAUAAACACAAAUUUCUUUUAAUUGUUUUUAUUAACUUAUAGUGUGUGUGAAUGAGAGAGAGAGAGAGAGAGUAAGCGUUAGAUUAUGUCACGUGACAGCAUGUUUUUAUUCCAUCUAAUGAAUUUUUGGACGCUGCAUGGCGUCGCAUUUGUCGUACGUUUAUUUUUUGUUGCCUUUGGGAUUUAUCAAGACAAAAUCAUGGAGGUCAAAUACACUGACAUCGACUUCCACGUCUUCAUGGACGGAGCCAGACUAGUAACUCAGGGUGAGUCUCCAUACAACAGGUCCACCUACCGGUAUACACCCCUUCUGGCCUGGAUGUUAUCUCCUAGCAUCUACUUGACCUCUUGUUUUGGAAAGUUGCUUUUUGUGAUUUGUGAUGUCCUCUCCGGUGUCCUAUUAUACCACAUAUUGACCCAUCGAGGUUUAUCCAGGGAUGCAGCAUGCCGCUUCUCAGCUCUCUGGCUUCUGAAUCCUUUACCAAUUGGUGUAUCGACGCGUGGGAAUGCUGAAGCACUGUUAGCCAUUUUGGUUCUGUCUACUCUCCUGUCUUUACAACUAAAGAGACAUUUGACAGCUGCGAUUCUCUAUGGUCUCUCUGUCCAUAUGAAAAUCUAUACAGUAAUAUACGCCCUCCCCAUCGCCCUCUAUAUAUCAAACCGCAAGGAACUGAUGACACGAAACAGGGGUGUUUUUAGGGUUAUCCAAAGACUUCUCAGCAUCGAGCUGGCUCUAUUUGCUGUCAUUGCAGGAGCUGUGUUUCUUGGACUGACUUUGAUUUUCUAUUACAUGUAUGGCUGGAAUUUCCUCCAAGAAACCUACCUCUACCACUUAACAAGACGGGACAUUCGUCAUAAUUUUUCCCCAUACUUCUACAUGUUUUACUUAACAGUGGAGAGUGAAUGGAGUUUUGUUUUGGGUUUAGUGACCUUCCUUCCCCAGGUUAUUCUGUUGCUCUUUACCUCUCUGGCCUUCUAUGCUGACUUGCCUCUCUGCUGCUUCCUCAACACAGCCCUUUUUGUCACCUUCAACAAAGUCUGCACCUCGCAGUAUUUCCUCUGGUACCUGUGUUUACUGCCGCUGGUCUUGCCACACCUGAGACUCACUAUAAAGCAAGGGAUUGGGCUACUCCUGUUGUGGUUUACUGGCCAGGGCUUGUGGUUGGCACCGGCUUACUACUUGGAAUUUGAAGGACGCAAUGCAUUUGUGUUUAUAUGGCUUGCUGGCCUGCUGUUCCUUAUCAUUAAUUCAGUGGUAAUGGUCCAGAUCAUCAACAAUUAUAUACCCAAUACAGUGGGUCAACAAAGAAAGAAAAUAAAAGAAAGAAUGGAUUAAAUUAGAUUGGAUUCAACUUUAUUGUCACUGCACAUGUCUGUGCAAGGUAACGAAAUACAGCUGAAUGAAUGAAUAAACAAAUAAUU